AUGACUAAAAGCAUUCAAACAGUUUUAACACCGCUUUUAAUAAUCAGUUAUGUGUCUGGUUUAAAAAUUUUUGAAUUUCCUGUAGGUCACCCAAGAGUAUGGUUUAGUCUCUCGUAUAUGAUACUAUUUUGGUCAAUUUAUUAUUUCCUAAAUUCUACAGUAAUAUCUUACUUUAUUAAUAUACAUUAUACUACUGAAUUAUGCUACCUUAUAUGCUAUUGGUUAGACAUUUUGUUAACAUUAUUAUCAGUUGUGUUUGGAAUAUAUCAUGAUAAGAAAUUUAGAAAUUGUUUGAAGAAGCUCGACAUUGUCGAUAAUACAUUGCUGAAUGUCGGAACAAUAACAGAUUAUCACAAACUACACAAAAAGACAAUGUGUCUCGUCUUAGUAUGGUUCCUAAUGAUCAUGUUAAUGAACUGUGGACCGGCAUAUUGGAUGAAAAAUGAAUACAACUAUGAUAUUUCAACAGCUAUGUACAUUCUUUUUAUACGAAAUUAUUGCAAUUAUAUUAACAUGAUCAACGAUUUAAUUGUUGCAAGUAUUCUUGGAUAUAUAGGAUUAAAGUUUGAUCAACUUAACCAACAUCUUUUGAAUUUAAUAAGAGCUAACAAACGAGGAAUAAAGCGAGCUUGGGGAAAUUCCAUGCAUCAACAUAGAUCUUCACAAACUUCAAGCAACGAAUGGAUGACAUGGAUCGUAAUACAUCUUCAUUUGGAGUUACGUAAAAUAUCUUGUGAGAUAGACUCGAUAUUUGGAACACAGAUGACUUUGAAAAUGGGGUGUAAUUUUUGUUGGUUAGCGCUCGACUUGCGUGAACUCUUCAGCGUGAUACUUAUUAACAAUCAUAUCAAAUCUAAUAAAAUACUAUACAUUAUUAUGACGAUAAUCUGGCUUUGUAUUAACGUUUUGAAAAUCUUCUUUUUUAAUUAUGUAUGCGAAACAAUCAGCGCCAAGGCAAAUGCAACAAAAUAUUUAAUAGAUAAAAUACCGUACUCUACUUAUGAUGUUGAAGUUCGUGAAAAUAUAUCACAGCUUCUAUUGCAAAUAACUCGAGCGCCAAUCGGAUUCUACGGAAUUGGACUUUUCAAAUUUGGCUACUCAUUUCUUUAUGGAUUCAGCUCAUCGAUUACGACCGUUGUAGUUUUAUUAAUACAGGGAUACAUA